CCGCGCCCGAGCUGUGAGGCUGAGAGCCGAGCUGCACUGAGCCUCCACGGCCGCCGUGCACUCUGCUCCUCAGCCGCAGAGUCGCGCCCCGACCCCCGCCGCCCAGGCUGCCACCGCCGCGGGGAGCCCCCAGCUCGCGCCCCAAGCCCGCCGCCGCCGGCGCAGGGCGCCCCAGGCCGCACCAUGGUGAAGGUGACGUUCAACUCGGCCCUGGCCCAGAAGGAGGCCAAGAAGGACGAGCCCAAGAGCAGCGAGGAGGCGCUCAUCAUCCCCCCGGAUGCCGUGGCGGUGGACUGCAAGGACCCAGAUGAUGUGGUUCCAGUUGGACAGAGAAGAGCCUGGUGUUGGUGCAUGUGCUUUGGACUGGCCUUCAUGCUUGCCGGCGUCAUUCUAGGGGGAGCAUACCUGUACAAGUAUUUUGCACUUCAGCCAGAUGACGUAUACUACUGCGGACUGAAGUACAUCAAAGACGACGUCAUCCUGAAUGAGCCUUCUGCAGAUGCCCCAGCUGCUCACUACCAGACAAUUGAAGAGAAUAUUAAGAUCUUUGAAGAGGAUGAGGUUGAGUUCAUCAGUGUGCCUGUACCAGAGUUUGCAGACAGCGAUCCCGCCAACAUUGUCCAUGACUUUAACAAGAAACUCACUGCCUACUUAGACCUGAAUCUGGACAAGUGCUAUGUGAUCCCUCUGAAUACAUCCAUUGUCAUGCCCCCCAGAAAUCUGUUGGAGCUACUUAUUAACAUCAAGGCUGGAACCUAUCUGCCUCAGUCGUACCUUAUUCACGAGCACAUGGUUAUUACUGACCGCAUUGAAAACGUUGAUCACCUGGGCUUCUUCAUCUAUCGACUGUGCCACGACAAGGAAACAUACAAACUGCAGCGCAGAGAGACCAUUAAAGGUAUUCAGAAGCGUGAAGUCAGUAACUGCUUUACAAUCCGACAUUUUGAAAACAAAUUUGCUGUGGAAACUUUAAUUUGUUCCUGAACAGUCAAGAAAAACAUGGAGAAAAAGUUAAUACCACAGCAUAACCCCACCCUUUGUAUUUUGUGCAGUGAUUAUUUUUUAAAACCUUCUUUUCAUGUAAGUAGCAAACAGGGCUUCACUGUCUUUUCAUCUCAUUAAUUCAAUUAAAACCAUUAUCUUAAAAAAACUUCUUUUCUCCUUUCUAAGUGUUGUGUCUCUUAUAUUUGAAUUAGUGAAUGUAUGAAGUCUUAGGUAAGAGUACACUUCACCAUACAACUUACAUAUUAGGAAGAAUUUAAAUUUCUCGAAAUCAUCUAUCUGUAUUUUUAUGUUUUAAUUCUGCAUUUCCAAGAGGAAGGGUUAUCUAAAAAAUACUUGCAUAUGUUAAAAUGGACCACAGUGACUUGUUUGUAGUUGUUAGAUGCCAUGCUACCUAGUUUGUUAGAGCAUUUGAGCACACAUUUAAUAUUCUUUUAGAUAAAUAUAUGGUAUUUUCAGUGUUACAUUUAACUAGAGUAUGGUUUCAGCCUUGAUGUUUUAAUACCCUAGGCCUCUGCUAUUUUAGACUGUUUGGAAUUUAAGAAAUAACUCAUGUUACUGAUUUGUAUAGCCCAUAUUUGUGCAAUGGAAUAUAAAUAUGGCAAAGUUGUAUGACUAGACUGUGUGUUGUUUUUCCCGUAUGGUGAAAACCAAAGAAUAAUUUGGUUCAUAUUUUAAGAUAAUCCAUGUGCAUAAAGAAACUAUUUUAUAAAAGUCUAGUUCUCUAUAUUACAGUGGAUAAGAUCAUAGGUUUUCUAAAAUAAAAAUAAGCCAUUAAUAACUAAA